AUUCCUCACACCAAAGAAAUCCCAGGUUGGGACAGAAACAAAAUUAAUUGGAAAUGCUUUUCCCACGAGAAGGGGAAAUUUUUUUCCAGAGAAAUCUUCUAUUGGCACAAGGGUUCUGUGUUCCAUUUAGUCACUAAAAUCAACAUUGAGAUGAAAUUGCAUGGCAGGGUAAAGGCCAGGCGAGGGAUCGUAUCUGGCAGUUGAAAGCAUCGGCUUCCCUUGUGCUUUCUGUAAAGGCUUUGUCCGAAGGGAACCCAAGCAUUGGUGCUAUGACUGGCUUUCUUUUUUUUCCAUUUGUUGGGAUCCUGGGUAAAUACAUUUGGCCAUUUUCAUUGAUUGCAAGUUCCCAUCCCAAGUCUGUGAUGAGGUGGCACUUUUGUACUUUGUUAUCUCAGACACUCCGAGCUACCCCACAGGUCUGGACCAGAACUCUCCUCUCUCUUGGAUUACUGGCAAGUGGGUGGUCAGCCUCGCCCCAGAUGCCUCUCUGCUCCUUACUAACACAGGAGUUUCAGAAAAACAGUUUGGGGGAGGGAGCCACUAAGCAUAGUACGGGAAAGUUAAGACAAAAUCAUCGUGGAAAAACAGCCUGUCAUGGUGGGAAGAGCCCAGACAGGGAAUCGGAGAAGGAGGGUUCAACUUCAGUUUUACUAGGCCACACCCUUCAACCAUGCCCUUUCCCGUCCCCCGUCCUCAGGUUUCCCAUGCUCUCUCAAGUCUCAUUCAGCCCCGAUGCUGUGUGGCUGUGACUUGAACCUUGAGCCCCUAAAGUUGCUCCAAUAAAGCUAGAGAAGGGCCCCUCUGCCUUCUGUGCUUCAGAUCACCCAGGGCUCAGGCUGUGGAUUCUCAGGGGCCAUUCCAAAGUGCCCCCGAGAUAGAGAAGGGCCUGCAGUGUCAAGGGGAGAGGGAGCUAGAGCCCCAGUCAAGCAGGUGAGCCAGAAGGAGAGAAGCCCUAGUGACCUGUGUGGAGAUGUGGUAGCCACCAUCCCCGAGCCUUCCACACGUGCCAUGCUCAGUGAGAGGCAUCCCCAGCAUAAGACCGAAUGUGCCAGAUGAGAGUUGGCAUCUCCCCUGUUCUCACGGCACUCUCAGGGAUAGAUGUCCCAGGGCCCUGCAGCAGCCAGUGUGGCCUGACCUCCCUGUCUCAUCUGAGCUUAGCUGGAAGAUUGUCUUCUUUGCCUUGGACCUUUGCCUUGGACGGUUAAAAAUGGCCAGCAAAGGCCCCACCGCCUCCACAUCUCCUGAGAGCUCCAGCACAGGGGGCACAAGUGGCAGCAGUAAUGGCCCUGGAGAUAAUGGCAAUCAGGACAGCACUUUUGAAUGCAACAUCUGCUUGGACACAGCCAAGGAUGCUGUCAUCAGCCUAUGUGGCCACCUCUUCUGUUGGCCCUGUUUACAUCAGUGGUUGGAAACCAGACCAAACAGACAGGUGUGUCCAGUGUGCAAAGCCGGGAUCAGCCGAGAUAAAGUAAUCCCUCUGUAUGGAAGGGGCAGCACUGGGCAGCAAGAUCCCAGAGAGAAGACACCGCCCCGACCUCAGGGACAGAGGCCAGAGCCAGAGAACAGAGGGGGAUUUCAAGGCUUUGGCUUUGGCGAUGGCGGCUUCCAGAUGUCUUUUGGAAUUGGAGCCUUUCCUUUUGGGAUCUUCGCCACAGCUUUUAACAUAAACGAUGGACGGCCUCCUCCAGCUGUUCCCGGGACUCCCCAGUAUGUGGAUGAACAGUUCCUGUCUCGGCUUUUCCUGUUUGUGGCUCUGGUGAUCAUGUUUUGGCUUUUGAUCGCGUAACUGUGUGUCUGCGUCCUGGGGAAACAGCAGCAGCUUCACCCACCCCACGUCGAACCCCUCACUGCCCAGCCUCUGAGCUCAUCCAGGGCCCAGGAAUCAAUGGGGUCAGCAACCCUUGGAGGAGCCUGGCUUCUGGGAGCAGAGCUUUGGAAUGAAAUGAGCUAAAUUUUGGUUGAAGAGUCCACAUUUCCAUGGGGUCCCUGCCAGCCUCGGACCUGGGACAGAACAGCUUAGAGGUCCCAUGGCAGCCAGCUCAGAGGGAACUGAUCUGAAGUGGGGAAGGGCUGGGGAGAGGCAAGCCCCCUUGGUCUAAUCUGUAUGAGCGUAACGUCGUAAAAGUAAAGGGAAGGCCCAGAUGGUAUUUCUCAGACCUGUAGAUCUCAUCUCCUUAGACAGGAGUCUAGCCUGACUCCCCAUGUGAGCAACCUAUGCACACGCCAGCCUGACUCCACAGUGGCAGGAAAGGGGGUCAGGGUGAGGCUCACCUUCUGUUCCCAGCCUCACUCCCACCCCCCAUCUCCCACUGCCAUCUUCAUCCCUGCUCCUCCUCCUGAUUCCGCUUUGGAGCUGGGAGCAGACAGCAGUAGACCACCAGACUGGGAGAAUUGACAGAAGAGGUCUGGGAGCUUGGAGCAUUUCAGUGACCCAGACCCUUGGGCUUUCUUCUGGCCUUGGAAAGGCAUUGGCUACCUCCCUCCUUGGUAGAGACGGCCUGUUUGGCUCAAUGAAGUGUGGCCCAGCUCAGCUUGGAGGCUUCCUGCCCCCUUCUUGAGGGCUUCUCUCUACCAGGAAGAAUAAUGGUGAAGACUUUCCAGGCCCCAAAGACAAACCUUUUUUCAGGCUUCUGAGGAUCUCUUGCCAAUAAAGAAGAGGGGAAAUUUGAGCCACUAAAAACUUUCUAAGAUUCAGUUUAAGUUUUAGUUAUUUGCAUCUCUCCAGGAAGAAGAAAACCUGCCUUCCCAGAAGCAGCCCCUGGGCAAAGGCCCUCUAUACCUCCAGGCUUGUUUUCUUUCUGAAAGAGAGAAGGAGGGGGAUGCUCAUUGCCAGCCUGCCUCAAUUGUCCUUUCUUCAGCAGGGCCAUAGACAGUAGGCUCUCUGAGGAGUCCACGUCGAUGUGGGUUUACCAAGUUUUGAGGACUAUAGAGUCCCUUACACAUUUUGUCUUAAAAGAGACUUCCUGUUUGCUGCCAAGGUUGGGUGACUCCUGAUGGGGAGAGAUGCCUUAGAUCAUUGCUUAAUUUUUCCUUCCCUCCUUACACCUCUUCAUUGAGAAUCUUGGGAAGAAAGUUACCUUAGUAUAAUAAUUGGUUUGGUUUCUUGUUUGAAAAUGACUUUUUCUUUGAAUCUGAUCAGUAAGAAGGUAGGGUGCUGAAUGGUUCCAGGCUACCAUCUCAUCCAGUUCUCUGUCCAUCUCUCAGUGUCUGUGUCUCAGCUUACCAGAAUAUCUUUAGGUCCAAAAGGAGUCCCAACAUUGCCUUGGAGGAAACCCAGCUCCAGAGUAUUUCUAGGGUUGGGAUUUCUUCCUUAUAUGAAAUCUGCCGCUCCUGGCCCACUCCUCAUUCUUUAGAAGUAGAGCCCAGAAGGAACUCUGGCCUCUGCUUUGGGAGAAAGCAGCCUGGAGUCCAAAGAUACUGGGAUGAGGGAACGAACGGACAGCCCCCCAACCUGUAUCCUCCCCCAAGGCUCCCCUCUCCAAAGCCCCAGCCCAGUCUCAAAGGGUUCAGAACCAGCUAUUCUGUAGGGGUCAUAUUGGUUAUGACCCAAUGAGAGAGAGAUGCACAGCCAGGCGCUUAGCUGGUGCCCAUGUGUCUGAUCCAAGAUCCCCAUUGGGACCCCCACUCACCCAAAUGGCCAGAUCCGGGAGGCCCUUGGAGCUGGAAGCCCAGGGCUUGGGAGUUGGCCCAGUGUCCCUUCCUGGCUGUGGGAGACGGAGUUGGAGGCCAGAGGCAGAAGGAUGGGGAUUGCAUUAAGAAAGUGGAAUCCCUUGGAAUCUACAAAACAAAGGCAGAGGGAGGUUAAUCAGAGGCUCAUUUACUUUGGGGCUAGGCCAAAGCAGUGGCCACAGCAGGUUUGGAACUGCCUCCUCAGUCCUGGGCCCCUGGGCCAUUCAGUGACCUUACACGUCUUCCUUUUCCAGGUUAAUGCAUUUCUUCCUUUGGGAGCUCUUGGCUCUUUUUCUCCCUUUUGUUCCUUUGUAUCAAUUAGGACUGUGCUCUGGCCACAGACCACCAAUGACACUAUGUACCUUGAGAUACAUUUACCAGUUACUAAUUUUCACUGUUGUGAAAGUGAUUUGAUUUAGAAAGAAAAAUUAAAAUGGUUUUACAUUGAAA